UACUGGGAGAUAACAAAUUUAUUACUCUUUAUUGCUUUUAUCAGAAAAUGAACACUGAUUAAGGUGAAUAUUCAUGAUGCAAGCCCAUUUUAUAAUGUUGCCUUGUGUAAAAUAAAUUUUUGGAUAAUUAUUUUUUCUUCAAAAAUAUUGUGGAAAAGUUCUACAAUGCAGAUCCUGAUUUAUUUAUUUCUCUUGGCAUGUGUUUCUAGAAGUGUUGGUCAGUACACCAGAUGGUUGAGGAACACGAACCUGAACAACCCGUAUAACUGGGAUAGAGGCAACUUGCCGUGUGGCAAUGACAGGAUGAUCCUACCUGAUGAUGGUCCUGUUGUCUUCAUGCAGUUCAAUACUACUAUACAGGAACUGGUGAUGCCAAGAGAUGGAGAGCUUGUGUUUGGUAGUUACGCUACUUUGGCCUUCACAAAUCAGCCGGAUCAUAGUGCUGCUUGUCUAGACUCGGGCACAGAUAUAACAUUCAAUGCGAGCCAUCCAGCAGACUGGUUGGACCCUAACAACUGGUGUCCUACUGAUACAGAACAGGGGUCAUGCAAGCCUCUUGCCAUGCUGGACAGUGAAAAGAUCCCUUGUGAGACGGACCAUGUCGUGUUUCCAACUGGAAGCUCCUACUAUGUGAACCUGGGCAUCAAUAUAAACAUCAAAGUGAAUACUCUAAAAGUCUCUGGGAAGGCCUACAGUACAACUUCAUUUCGAGAUUUCCUGGCUACGGAGAAUGGUAGAAAUAUAUUUCCUACACCCCAAACAGGACCUAGAUCUACUAUGACUAUCAUGAGACGUAGAUGUACAGAUGUGACAGGAUGUGGAUGUGGAAAUGAUCAGGGCCAGAUUUUGUCAACAGUUUGUCAGCUACAGCAUGCUAGGUGUACAAGAUCUCGAUGUACCAAAACUAUAAAGCCAGUAGGACACUGCUGUGAUAUUUGUGGUGGGAUGUUAAAUGUCAGUUAUGGUGUGGGUUUCAACUUUGAUACUCUGAAAAAUGGACUGCAAAGAAAUUUUCUAGAUGGCAAGGAUGCUUAUAAAAAUGUUAGGUAUAUAGUCUCAAAAAGAAGUGAUGGAAAGAUACAAAUAGUUCUGUUAGAUGAUGACGGUGUACAGAGCUCAAAAGUUACUGCUGAAAUCUUUGCUAAUCUAAAUUCAGAUAUAAACAAUGGAGGAGUAAAGUAUGGGAUUACAGGGGUCCAGAUGGUGUCGUCUGCUGCAGGAGGAUCCUCUGGUGGAAAGACCAGUGCACACACAGGAACAGCAGGACAGAAACCAUCAAUGAGUAAAGGCUCUGUGGCCGGGAUCACAAUAGGGGUCAUUAUUGCUGCUAUCAUAGCAUUGGCUGUGGGAUAUUUUGUGUACACAAAUAAAAACAGACAGCCGGAUGAAUCAUCAGGUUUCAGUGCCAGCAUAUUUAACAAGUUCAACAGAUUUAAUGCCAGUCAGUUGCGCAAGCCCCAGGUGUCAGUGCCACCAUCUGUAGGGUUCAGUUGGGGGUCCAGGGAUAGUGGACUCAGCAGUAUUAGUGCCACCACAUCACAGGGGUUUGAUAAUCCUAUAUAUGGAUCAGUGCCUAUGGAGAACAUGAAGCCAAUGGAGCUCGAGAUGGCACCAAGUGAUUUCGGAUCCAUGUCAGAUACCCAACCAGAGAGAGGGUUUGAGAACCCACUUUAUGACACAGAUCACCAGGAAUCAUUGUUCAGUGAUCCAACUGAGGUGGAGAAUCCGGAACUACCAAAGGUCGUGACCUUAGGUCCCAGUCAUCAUGAUACUGAUGCAUGAUGGGAAGCAAGUGGGAGGCGAUAAAUCUGUUUUAUUUUUUGAAGGCUUUACUGAAGAAAAUUAUCAGCACAGCUAAUAAGUACGGAUUUUCAAAACCAGUUAAUCAAAAUGACUCAACUAAUUAUUUCAAAAACUUUAUAAAAUAUAUACAGAGACAUAGCAGGAACAUCAUUAAAUGUACCUAAAGGAAAGCUGCGGGUUAACAAAGUUCAAAAUUUACAGUGCAAUGCAUUUUUAGCUCACCUGUCACAAAGUGACAAGGUGAGCUUUUGUGAUCGCGCGGUGUCCGUCGUCCGUCCGUGCAUCCAAGCGUCCGUAAACUUUUGCUUGUGACCACUCUAGAGGUCACAUUUUUCAUGGGAUCUUUAUGAAAGUUGGUCAGAAUGUUCAUCUUGAUGAUAUCUAGGUCAAGUUCGAAACUGGGUCACGUGCCGUCAAAAACUAGGUCAGUAUGUCUAAAAAUAGAAAAACCUAGUGACCUCUCUAGAGGCCAUAUAUUUCAUAAGAUCUUCAUGAAAGUUGGUCAGAAUGUUCACCUUGAUGAUAUCUAGGUCAAGUUUGAAACUGGGUCACGUGGGUUCAAAAACUAGGUCAGUAGGUCUAAAAAUAGAAAAACCUUGUGACCUCUCUAGAGGCCAUAUUUUUCAUGAGAUCUUCAUGAAUAUUGGUCAGAAUGUUCACCUUGAUGAUAUCUAGGUCAAGAUCGAAACUGGGUCACAAACUAGGUCAUUAGGUCUAAAAAUAGAAAAACCUUGUGACCUCUCUAGAGGCCAUAUUUCUCAAUGGAUCUUCAUGAAAAUUGGUCAGAAUCUUCACCUUGAUGAUAUCUAGGUCAAGUUUGAAACUGGGUCACGUGGGGUCAAAAACUAGGUCAUUAGGUCUAAAAAUAGAAAAACCUUGUGACCUCUCUAGAGGCCAUAUUUCUCAAUGGAUCUUCAUGAAAAUUGGUCAGAAUGUUCAACUUGAUGAUGUCUAGGUUAAGUUCGAAACUGGGUCAUGUGGGGUCAAAAACUAGGUCAGUAGAUCUAAAAAUAGAAAAACCUUGUGACCUCUCUAGAGGCCAUAUUUCUCAAUGGAUCUUCAUGAAAAUUGGUCAGAAUGUUCACCUUGAUGAUAUCUAGGUUAAGUUCGAAACUGGGUCACGUGCAGUCAAAAACUAGGUCAGUAGGUCUAAAAAUACGAAAACCUUGUGACCUCUUUAGAGGCGAUAUUUUUCAAUGGAUCUUCAUGAAAAUUGGUCAGAGUGUUUACCUUGAAGAUAUCUAGGUCAAGUUCGAAACUGGGUCACAUGGGGUUAAAAACUAGGUCAGUAGAUCUAAAAAUAGAAAAUCCUUGUGACCUCUCUCGAGGCCAUAUUUUUUUAAUGAGAUCUUCAUGAUUAUUGGUCAGAAUGUUCACCUUGAUGAUAUCUAAGUCAAGUUCGAAACUGGGUCAUGUGGGGUUAAAAACUAGGUCAGUAGGUCUAAAAAUAGAAAAAACCUUGUGACCUCUCUAGAGGCCAUAUUUCUCAACGGAUCUUCAUGAAAAUUAGUGAGAAUGUUCAGCUUGAUGAUGUCUAGGUCAGGUUUGUAACUGGGUCAUGUGCGGACAAAAACUAGGUCAGUAGGUUGAAAAAUAGAAAAACCUUGUGACCUCUCUAGAGGCCAUAUUUUUCACGAGAUCUUCAUGAAAAUUGGUGAGAAUGUUCACCUUGAUGAUAUCUAGGUCAAGUUUAAAAGUGGGUCACGUGCCUUCAAAAACUAGGCCAUUAGGUCAAAUAAUAGAAAAACCUUGUGACCUCUCUAGAGGCCAUAUUUUUCAAUGGAUCUUCAUGAAAAUUGGUCAGAAUUUUUUAUCUUGAUGAUAUCUAGGUCACAUGUGCUCAAAAACUAGGUCACUGUGUCAAAUAAUAGAAAUAAUGACGUCAUACUCAGUUCAACACUGGGUCAUGUGGGGAUAGGUGAGCGAUUCAGGACCAUCAUGGUCCUCUUGUUCAUUAUGUAUCUGUUUCAUUGAUGUUUGAACUUGAAUUACAUUAAGCAGAAAUCUUCUUUAACUGAAAUGCUGGAAAAAUGGUUAAAUAUUGACUGUAUACCCCAAUAAAAGGAGAAAUUGAAAUAAUCUUCAUUUUGUUGUACUCUUAUGUUCCUCCUGUCUUGAUGAUUUUAAUAAACUUUUUAAAAAG